AUAGUUUCUAAACCAGCACCACAUUGGGAAGGGACUGCUGUUGUUAAUGGAGAAUUCAAAGAGUUGAAGAUUACUGAUUUUAGAGGUAAGUUUUUUCUGUAAGCUCAUAGAUACAGCUGUAACUUGGAAAACUAAGAGCCUUAUGUGAAGUCGAAUCACAGGUUUGUAAAGAUCUUGCAUGCAGCUACUGGUAAUUCUACUAGAAGCAGUUUGACACUUUAAUGCUCAUAAAUAUGUUCCUUUUUGUAUGUGCUAUUUUAUAAACAGUAGCCUCUGCCUGGGCUUGAUUGAACAGAUAUUUGUUAGUGGGCAUUGCCUGUUGGGAGAUGUGUGAGGCAGGUUCAGUCGAGUGACUUGUUGAGACCAAAUGCAUCUUAUGAAACAUUGUUUAAAAAUAUUAUUCUCUCCUUUAAAAACCUUCUCCUUGCUUAAUUUUUGGCAUGUUUACAUGUUUUUCAUCAUCUGUUGAUGAUUUGUCUUUUCCUUCCAGUUUUUUUCCUUCUAAUUUGUGGAAAAACCUUCCCCUUGCUCAAUUUUUGGCAUGUUUCUGUGAUGUUUUUCGUCAUCUGUUGAUGAUUUGUCAUUUUCUUCCAGUUUAUUCUAAUUUUUGUUAUAUUACUUUUUCAUACACAGGAAAAUAUCUGGUGUUCUUUUUCUAUCCCCUUGACUUGUGAGUAUUAGAUGUUAGUAUACUCUUUGACUAAAAGUUUGCUGUACUUUGCUACCUUCAUGCUAUCCCCCUAAAUUUAAGCCAUCUCUUCACAAUUGCAACAGUAGUCAACAUUGUUCUCAAGGUGACUGAUAUUAAAAGUUUCAUUAAUUGAACGCAUGUUAUUUUAAAUUAUAAUAUGCUCUAUGAGAGUAUAGAGCAUAGAACUGAGCUAAAGCUGUCACGCCAUCUGCCAAAUUAUACUAUGUUUGACCUUUUCCGGGACUUCUUUUAGCUUUUUUCCGAUAAUUGAAAGUGAAAUUUCGGAACAAGCGAGCCGGCAAGUAGCAACAGAAGAAUCAAACAAAGGUUUGUAAACAUACCAGUCGCCGUAAUUUACAUUAUUAAAACGUGAGCAGAUAUGAAAAUCGUUUAAGGAAAAACAAAAUAGACAUUCCGAGUUUCAAAGAUUUUCACGCUCAGUUAGAUUGCAAGCUUAAGUACGGUAAUAAAAAUCAAACACAGCAAACACUCGAAUAGUAUAUAAAGUUCAGAGUUCAAAAACAAAAUAGAACAAAACAGAAAUGAUGAAAAAUAUAACCAAACUGGCAUAACUAUUAAAAUUCAUACUAAUCAUGACAGUGUCUGAGCAAAUAUGAUCAUGCUGAAGUCCAUCGCGGCUCACUUAUCAUGAUGAUCUCCGGUCAUCACAGUAAAGCAAGCCUCAGAAACUACAUCGGCCGCCCUUUGAGUGAAAAAAAAAAAGAACUCGCUCUGAUAUCCUUUCCGAUGCGUUGAGUGGAAAGUCACUUCAGUCACUGCAGCCGAGUUUUGCGACGCUGUCAUCCCGAGCAAUCUUCAUAUUCCGGUGAAUUCGGCUGUCGUUCAUUUAAAAAACACUCACCUAGAACAGUUUGUUUUCUACCUUUUGUCUACCUUGUUUUUUAUGAGCCAUAAUUCAGCUGAAGUUCACUGAACAUUUCACUUGAGGAUUCUGUAUUAAAAACUUCAGGCAAAAGCGUUAAAUUCAACUUGCCGAACUAUUUUAGUUUGUAAACUAUCUCGGAUUGUGAACUUUAAUGGUUUUUGAACUUUGAUGAUUUGACACUUUUGACAGCUUUUUUCUUGUAGAGCCAAUCAGACUAUUUGAACCAUUCUAACAGGGAUUUUGAUUGGCUUAUUGUAGCGUGCUCUAUAAGAGUAUAGAGCAUGCUGAUGACACUGUUGUUCGCUUUGGAAAUAAAGUUUGUUUUGAAAAUUGAAAGUAGUUCUUGGGGAAUUUAACAGAUUCUUUAUUGUAAAACAAAUAGAGAAGCCUUGACUGUGCUCUGUUCUGUUAUAAAGUACUUAGGAAGCGGCUAGAGCACUCAAGAAGUGGAGAGAAACAUUCGACUAUGUCUCAUGUUUCUCCCUACACUUCUUUCGUGCUCUAGCCGCUUCCUGCAUGCUUUAUAACAGAACAGAGCACAGUCAAGGCUUCUCUAUUUGUUAAUUGAAUCAUUACAAAUAAUACCUACUGUAUUUGUUGUCAUUUACAGCACUUUUGUUUGUCCAACGGAGAUCAUUGCCUUCAGUGACAGAAUUGAAGAGUUCAGGGCAAUCAACACUGAAGUUGUUGGUUGUUCAGUAGAUUCAGUUUUCACUCAUUUAGCUUGGUAUGUUAACCCUUUACACCCUAACAUCAGUAUGUAUAUUCUCCACACCACUCUCUAGACAUUUCCAAGAGUUCUGACAAGGAGAAUUUGUUCAACAAUCAAGAGUUUCUUUAGUUGGUGAUCAUCUCCUUUAUUCUCAUGACCUAAAUGUUUGAUUUAGGGGUGAUGUUGUAAGGAGAAAUUAGAUGUUAGUCACUCUCAGGGGUUUAAGGGUCAAUCCUAAAUUUUAACUGAAUUUGUAACUUUAAAGGAUUUGAGAGUUUUAAAAAAACAGAGAAGGUAUUUCCAAUUUAUAUUGAAGAUUUGUAGAAUGCCAGAUAUUAAAGUAAAAAGGAAAAAUUUCCAUUUUUGGUAAAAAAAAUCUACCACAAAAUGUAUUCCAGUUUUAAGUUACAUUCAUUCUACAUGUUUGUGUAAAGUGUUUGAUUAUUACAAUAUAGUCAUCCAGGAGAGAACUUUUGAAUGAUUCCAUGGGUAAUCACAAAGAUAUAUAUUGCUACAGCAGUGUUCACCCUUAUUUUAAGCAUGAUUGAUAAUUUAAGGAAUUCUCAAAAUAUCUACUGUAGAGCAAUCCUUGUACCUGUUGAAUUGUUAAGAAUUCCCAGAGGUACCAGAAGCAAUAAAUAAGUUCCUAUAUUCCUUUCAAUUCUAGGAUAAACACUCCAAGGAAAGAGGGUGGUCUGGGAAGGCUUAAAUAUCCGCUGUUAUCUGACUUAAACCACCAAAUUGCUAAAGAUUACGGAGUACUGCUUGAGAAUGAAGGUCACACCUUAAGGUGAGGAUAUCUGUGUUUUGUAUUUCCUCAUGUUUCUGACUUUUUGUGUCUGUAGGCCAUUCUAUUUAAACAUGUGUUUAGUGUUUAUCAGCUGUGAUCCUCUUGGAAUAAUAAACAUUAUUCAACAAAGUGGAGGUGAAAUAGCUGGGGAUAUUAACCGAGCUGCAAAGCAGCUAGGUAAAUAUUUACCACUUUCACCUACAGUGAGGUAAAUAAUUGUAUUAGCGUGUACACUGUAUAUACCACACAGAAAUUUAAAAAAUCAGUACAUUUCUGUCAAUAUACAAAGAAAUGGUUGGAAAUUAAAUUUUUGAUGCAUGAUUCUGUUGCCUCGGCUGCUUGAAGGGGAAGAGUACUUGUUAAUCACUUUCAAGCCAGCCAAUCAGAGCACACAAUAAGCAUUAUUCAUCUGUGUGGUAUGUACCAAAAAAACUUAUUUGAUGUAAUGAUGAUGAUGAUAAUGAUGAUCAUUUAAUAGACCAUAUCUACUUGAACAAAGUAUUUCAUUAUCUGCAAUCUACCUAUUCUUGAUUUCUAAAAGCUGAACAUUUCUUUGUUAGUGCUACUACCCUGGAUCAAGAUAUCCAGUUUUGAGCACCUGACUGGCAUUAUCUUGUUGCAUUGUUGGCUGUCACACCACAUAGUUAAGAAAAACGUAACUCAUAUACUGAAGAGUCUCUCUUGGUCGGAUGAGCCCCUUGAUAUAACUACUUUUGAGGGGAGCUGGGGGAGGGGGGAGAUGUUCCCGUAAUGGACAUUACAUCCAUGGAUUAAAAGCACACUCAGACCAGGUCUGAUCAGGUUGCUAUACUUUGCUUCCUUCAUGGUAUAUAACAGGUCUGAUAGUUAGGCAGGGGAGAUUUGGUUAAGGUGAGAAUAUUCUUACUUUUAUAACCACUUUUAUUACAUGCCUGUUGUUCUAUUUCAGGGGUCUAUUUAUAAUCGAUGACAAAGGGACUCUACGACAGAUCACAAUGAAUGAUCUACCGGUAUGUUGUAACUUUACAUGUAUGACUGUAAUUGUACCGUGAAUUUCUACUGCGAGUUUUAUGUAGCUGUUUGCUUCUACAGUUAAUUGUUCUUGAUACGCUGAGAAAAUUUAUCUGUCCGUUCAUAUAAUUUGAUUCGAGUCUGGCCCUCGUCCACUGUCACGUGGUAAAAAUCUCAAGCUCAUUGUUUAAGUGUUAAGCAGUGGGGAUCCCUUUCCUUUUAUUUUGUGACGUUUUUAUUAUUUCAUUUGAAAAAUAGUGAUAUUUCGAUUUUGAUUUGGACAAGGGAGAAAAAAAGCUUAGUAGAUAGUAUCAAGAAAAAAGGCUCCUGGUGUCCAGUCUCCUGAUUUUUUUGCGGUUCGCGGUCUUUGGCUUUAUAAAGUGUGAAGUACUAUUUAUAACUUAGCUACUCAAAGAAGUAAAUCUAAACUGGUUAUUUCGCAGGUGGGCCGAUCAGUCGACGAGACUUUACGUUUUAGUCCAGGCUUUCCAAUAUACUGA